AUAUCCUUCACCGAAUGAGAUUUGCGAAAUUCUUGGCAAUUGUGUCUGAGGAGCUUGAUAAAGAAUGUGAGGAAAUUCUUGAAGGUUUGCUUCAACAUGGCAGACUUACACUGGAACAAAUAUUGGAUAGAGCCAAGUCAAAUCAAAGUGAAGGAGAGCCUGUAGUUCAGGAUGCUUUACGAGAAAGCUUUCUUAAACUUGUAAGAGCCCAUUUUGUGGAGCGCUGUCCUGCCUCUGAACCAUUUCUUGCCCCACCAAGUGAAGAAGAGACUCCUGCAAGAAAGCGAGGUGCUAAAUCUGCUAAGCUAGUUGAAGAACCACAGACUAUAGAGCAACGUGCUAUAGCAGCAGCAGCACCCAUGGAUGCAAAAAGAUUUUCAGUUAUAAUAAAUACUGGCACUGAUGUUGAUGAUUCUCCUAAUGUGACUGCUGGGGAGAAGCGCAAACAAGAUGCUUUAGAAUUGGAUAAAGAAACUGGGGCUUCUUGUGAGAAAGACGUUCUUUGGCGUGCCAAUUUCGAAGAAUUUGUACGUUGUCUUAGGCAUAAGGCUUGUAUUGCGAAUGUGAAAACACGGCUGGAUGAUGGAGCUGCAAUUGUUUUAAGUGCAAUGCUGGAGGCAACUCGAAGUGAGGAGAAGAAGGUUAAAACAGAAAAUUCAGUUCCCUUGUCGAUGGACACCAUUUUUGAAGGAGUGAUGAAGAGUGAAGCAGGUCGUAGCAUGACCCUAGAACGUGUCAGAGGUUCCCUUAUUCAGUUAGGUUGUGCCCCCUGCGUAAGAGGGGCUGCUGAGUCAUAUAGUGUUGAUUUGAAGAACAUUAUUGAGCUAGCCCAAAAUGAUGAGGUGGAAUCCAUCACAUUAAAAAGAUAUGGGAGGGACGCUUAUAGGAUAUUCAGGUUACUUUCAAAGAGUUGUCGCCUGCUCGAGACUGAUAAGAUUUCAGAUACUACAUUUGUUGAAAAGAAAGAUACAGCCAAGAUUCUUUAUCAACUUUGGAAGGAUGAAUACCUGCAGAUGGAGAAACUAAAUUUACACGGAUCCAGACAAUCACAAUUCCUGUUGUGGAAAGUGACCAAGGACACUCUUUGGGGACAUGUUCUAAAUGAGAUGUACCACAGUGCCUUAAACUUGAGUCUGCGAGUUGCUUAUGAACUGGAACAAGAACAGGAGAUUAUACAGCUACCAAGGGAGAAACGUGUUGGGGCGCUAGGGAAUAGAUUUGAACGGUUAAGAAAAGUCAGGAUACUCUUGGAAUCAUCCCUUAUGAAGCUUGAUGAUGCUAUCAUGCUCUUCAAUGAUUUCUGAAUGUUUCUUUGUAUGGCUCUUAAACCACAAUCCUCCAGCUCCUUUCAUUGUCUGAUAGGCUGAAUAUACCUACUGCUGAGGAAACUGGUAAUGCAAAAAUUUGGGUUUGUCGAAUUCAUUAUAGUGGUGGCAAAGAGCUGAAAAUUUCUCCACUUAAUUGAGAUGGCAGGCAUGGAUACCUUUUUUAAACAACCCAGUUGCCUCAAUCAAAGAAGAAGAGAUUUCCUUCUCAAGGAAGGAUUCUUGCUCACUUCCCCAGAGUGAGCCCUCCUGGAGGAUGUGAGCCAAAAGGUAGUGGACAUACAAUGAGUCAGUGACAUUCAUAUAUUAUUCUAACUUUCUGCCAUAAAAUGGAGAAUGUUACAGAAACGAUAAGCAAAAGUGUUGAGUAGGCUUUGUUUUAAGUUUUAUUGUAUUGAAAUAAUAAAAAAAAUAUAUUAUUUAUUUGUU